CUCUCUAUCCCUCUAGCACACAAAGAAAGAGAGAACCUUUUUCUCCAGGAUCACAAUCCAACGGUUGAAAAUCAAAGCCAUUCCAACGCAAAGCUUACGUAGUGACGAUUUAGAACAAACAACACUCUCUCACCAAACCGCAACAGCUACGAACAAGCUUCACAAUUCUCAGAUCUCUCUCUCUCUCUCUCUCUCUCUAAGCAGACAAAAGUAUUCAGUACCAGCUACUUCCACGUCGCUCUCAGCCCUCUUCAGAUGGGGCAACAGAUCUGACGGUCUGCCCGGAUCGUUGCUUAACUUGACAGGGCGUUUGGCGUACGUCGUCGAGUCCGUACAAAUGGAGACCAAAAGCCGUACGUCGACGGGUCGUGGUGCUUCUGCUGCCGUUCAACUACUUGAAGCUACGUUUGGUCAGUUCUUGUUGCUAACGUGCGCCUGGGAUGCUCUUCUUGCUAAUCUGCUCACCGCCUCUGCCUUGCUUUCUCUGCCUCAAGAUCCUUCUGCGCUCUCAACCACCUGUGGACAGAAAAGUCACGGCGACGAUGAGAGUGAACAUUCCAACUCCAAAGCAGUUGAUGGUGACAAAGAUGGAGGUGAAGAUAAGAACGGUGACGGCGGCCUUGGAGACACUGAAGAGGAGCUAUCUUCGGAAGACGGAGGAGGCGCUGGGGACAAUCCUAAUCGGAAAAGCAACAAUUCCAAAGCCAGCCCCGGAGGAGAAGGCGGAGAAGUAGGCGAAGAAGGUGAAGAGGAAGAGGAGGAAGAUGGCAAUGAGAAUGAUGAUGACGGUGAGGAUGAUGGGGAUGAUGGGGAUGAAGGCAAUGAAGAUGAUGACGACAGUGACGACGAUGAUGAAGGCGAGGUCAAGGACGAGGAGGAAAUUGUAGACGAGGAUGAACCGGAGGAUGAUGAAGAAGAGGACGAGGAAGAGGCCCUUCAGCCCCCUAAGAAGAGGAAAAAGUGAGAGAAGUCUUUUUCCAACUUAUGAACCAUGCAAAUGCUGUUUAACAUUGUACUCUUUCAUAGGGAAAACUUCCGUGCCACAACUGUUUGAGCUAAUUUUAUUGUAUUUCGUAGGCAUUUCGUUCCAAUAAUAUCUAGUUUCGAAGAAAAAA